AUGGAACAGCCAUUUUAUGGAGAAAAUGUGAAAACAACUUCAACACCUUCUCGAACACCUAAUCUUAGUAAUUCCUGGGAAUUUGCCGGAUGGGGUGCAACUUAUUAUAUUGAUCUUCCAAUAAUUGAAUCUGAAGAUGGUCACCCUCAAACGAAAUCACUUCUUGGUCAAUGGCGUGCUACUAGUAUUUCAGGAAAUGAUCUUGUUGCAUCAGUUUUAUAUACUAUUGGACUUUGCAUAGUUGUGGCUGGUAAAUUCGCACCAAUAUCUUUAUUUAUAGUUGCAAUCAUUAUUUAUCCAUUUAAAGAUAUUUUAAGCGAAGUUGGUACAGCACUUCCUUUAAAUGGUGGAUCUUAUAAUUGUUUACUUAAUACAUCAUCCAAAUGGUUUGCUUCAGUUGCGGCAGCAGUAUCACUAUUAGAUUAUAUGUCAACAGCAGUAGUUAGCGCAGCAACAGCUACUUCAUAUAUUUCAGGAAGUCUUCAUUUAUCAAAUUUUUUAGUAUUUGUGCUUACUAUUGGAAUACUUAUAGUAUCUGCGAGUAUUGUAGCAUCCGGACUUAAAGAAUCAUCAAAUGUGGCAUUCGUAAUUUUCAUAAUUCAUUGCCUUACAUUAACUUUAUUAAUGAUUGCAAGCGUUGUACGAUGGAUUAUUCAAGGAAAUGAUAUAUUAAUAGAAAAUUGGAAAAAUCCGGGGUCAGGAAAUCCUUUGUUAGAAAUAUUUAAUGGUAUAUGUGUGGGACUUUUAGGAAUUACUGGGUUUGAAACAUCAAGUAAUUAUAUUGAAGAUCAAAAACCUGGUGUAUUUCCUAAAACCGUGAGAAAUAUGUGGGUAUUGGUUUUUAUAUUUAAUGCACCAAUUAGUUUUUUAGCUUUAACAAUAAUUCCGUUAUCAACAAUUAAAGAACAUCAAAAUGAGGCAAUUUCAACUAUAGGAAAAUAUGCAGCAGGAAAUUGGUUAGAAAUUCUUAUCGUAAUUGAUGCAGCAAUUGUAUUAAGUGGUGGAGUUUUAUCAGGAUUUGUGGGAGCUACAGGAUUAAUUCAACGAAUGGCAUCAGAUCAUAUUUUACCUCAAUUUUUAUUAAGAAAAAAUAGAUUUACUGGAACAUGUCAUUGGAUAGUAUUAAGUUUUCUCACAUUUUGUAUAACUCUUUAUGUUAUUGUGGGAGGAAAUACUACUUCUUUAGCUGGUGUAUUUGCAAUAUCAUUUUUAAGUGUAUUGUGUAUGUUUGCUAUUGGAAAUAUUCUUCUUAAAUACAAACGGGGAAGAUUAUAUCGAAAGAUAAUCAUUUUACAUAAAUCUAAAAUUGCUAAUACCGUGAUAUCUUUAAUUAAGAAACUUAAAAAGCAACCAGUUAUCUUUUUUACUAAUACCGAUGAAUUACAUAUUCUUAAUAAAGAACCUAAUUCAGAUAAUUAUGGAAUAGUUUCAGAAUAUGCCGGAAAAAAUCUUCGUCAAUACAUUGCUACUUCUGUUGCAUCUAUCAAUAAAUUAGAAAUAUUAAUUGAUAUUUCAUUAACUUUAAAUAAACUUCAUUCUUCAGGAUUGAUUCAUAAAAAUAUUCACACCAAAAAUAUAUUAAGAAAGCAAAAUUCAACUUUUAUUAUUAGUGAUUUUGGAUUAUGUUUUCAAGCUAAUAAAGAAUUAGAUUGUAAAGAAUAUUUUGGGGUGAUAAAAUUACCAAAUAUAACACCUGAUUUUUUACUUGCAAAAGAAAUAUGUUAUAGUGAUAUUCGUCCAGAAAUUUCAUUAGAAUUACCUACUCAAAUAGUUUCCCUUAUUAAAAGGUGCUGGGAUAAUAUUCCUAAUAAUAGACCAAAAUCUCAUGAAAUAUAUGAAUUAUUAUCAGAAUGGUGGAUGAAACUUUUAAAUAUGAAUGACCUCUCUUUGAAUAAAUUGUUUGAAUCUUCUCCAAUUCUUAAUAUUAUAGAUAAUUCAAAUAUUAUAUUAUCGCAUAAAUUUAAAAGUAAACGAUUGGAUUACUAUCAUUACUUAGAUAAGAUAAUAGAUCAAGAUUAUAUGGCCGUUGAUGAGUUUGAAGAGGAUCAUCCACCUUCAUUUAUGAUAUUAGAAGGAAUAGAAUUUUGA